UGCCGUUCUUUGAAGCAAGAUGGCGGCGAUAGGUCAGCAUGAAGAUGAAGAAAAAUAUGCAAUCAAUGAUAAGCUAGGUUAUGAUGAGGCCUCCUGCGUGGUCACCAGCAAGCACAGUAACAAAAGUAGAGGCAGGCCAGCAGCUGAGACUUUGUUGGGGGAUUUGAAUCAUCCCAGAGAAAAAAAUACUCAGAGCAUUAUGCCACAGAACAGGAUUAUGAAAAAUGUGAGAAUAUGCUAUACCUUGAUUGAUGAACAGGAAAAGGUGAAAAUCUCUCAGCUUGUAAAGGAGAUGGGAGGAGACGUUGACGAUGAGAUAACUGAUGACUCAACACAUAUGAUUGUUGAGAGACUCGGAGCAAUAGAGUAUUUUCAAGCAAUUGCUAGAAAAAUGCCGGUAAUGAUCGCUGAUUGGAUCUUUACUGUUUAUGAAGCAUCAAAGUUAAGAAAUGUCAAUCCAAUAGACGCAUAUCAUUUAAACUAUUUUAAAUGCCCACCCUUCCUUGGGCUAACAAUAGCAUUGUAUGGGUUUUCCAACACAGAGUACUUCAAAAGGAAAAUAGCUUUGAAUGGGGGAAAGGUGCUAGACAAGCUAGAUCAAUGCACCCACCUAGUACUAAAUGAUUAUAUAGACCAAUCUUUAGGCCGCCUUUUAGAAGCACAAGAAAACGAACCGAUUAUCAUUCCUCGCGAGUGGCUCACAGAUUGCCUAAAAGAAAAAAGCUAUCUAAACCCUCUGCAUUACAAGGUGUAUAUCACCAACCCCCCUGCAAAAAACCAGGGGCCUACAAACAAAAAGAGAUACUUCAACGAGUAUGGGCAUGAAAUUGUGUACAUGAAGGCACCUAUGUUUUUUGAUCCUAAAGAAAUAGAUGAUUUUAUGAAAGGUGUCAAAGCCUAUGAAGACCAGAAGAAUGUUUCGGAGGCGGAAAAGCCACAAACCGUAAAUCAACAAACCACAAAGCCUGGUAAAAUGCAAUCUGAAGCUGAUGAUAUUGAUGACACAAUACUAGAGUUUGUACAAAAAGCUUAUGUUACCAACCUAGUAAAAGUUGGAGUCUCUGCUGCAAAAGCCUCUCUGAAAUCAAAGAUCCCUAAGUUUAUUGUGAUGACAAAAAACGCCCUUUCAACAUCUCAUGUGUUUGAACUACACGAGUUGUGUAAGGCCAAGGCUGUGCCAUAUGUAUUUGUUGUGUCCAAAGAAGCUUUGGGCCAAGCAUGCAACUCCAGAGUUCCAGUGACAGCCUGUUCAAUCUUGAACAUUAACUCCAAUGCAAAUUUUGAAUCUGAUGUUCAGAAACUCAUGAAAUUGCAGAGCAACACUGCUGCUAAAGUUCUAGUAACUGAGCUGGUCAGCUUCACACAACACGUAAAAGAUGAGCAGAAAUAACAGUUUAUCAUGAGUACAAAAUCAGGCCAAAUGUUAAAAGUCGGACAGGAAAGUUACACUGUCUAAAAAACAAAUGCAUGGUAAAUGAGAUGCUUGUCUCAAUUAACGAAAUAAACUAUCAUAAGGAAAAAAUGCUGCAAAGAAAUCACACUGCACUAUUUUUUAAUUUGGGACGCACUGGCAAAGGUUUAUAAAGCUACAUCUCAACAACAUCUUAAGGAAAAUAAAUAAUAUU